GUUGACUGCCGCGGUGCGGUCGGAGGCUGCGCGGCUGUUGCCACAGCGCCAAAGAGACAAAAAAUGGCGGAUGUAGAGAAAAUCUGUCCUGACUCCUUUCGCUGUCGAGUCAGCUUUUCCCAUAAAGCGUUUUUUCAGGGGAAGCUUAUCCUCCUUCUCUGCAUUCUUGUUGUGGACUCUGGAGGAGCGACGACUCAUUGGGUUGUCACUGAGGAUGGAAAAAUACAACAGCAGGUAGAUUCACCUUUGAAUCUCAAGCAUCCGCAUGACGUGGUGAUCUUCAUGAGACAAGAGUCUCGCGUUAACUACCUCAAGAAAUUGGAGAAGCUGCUAGUGGCACAGAAAAUUCACAUUGAAGAAAAUGAGGACAGGGACACAGGGCUGGAGCAGCGACACUACAAAGAGGAUACUGAUUGCAUUCUUGCCAAAGUACCUCUCGGUGACCUUGACCUGUAUGACGGCACUUACAUCUCCUUAGAAAGUAAAGACAUCCGCCCCGAAGACUAUGUGGAUUUACUCUCGGGUCUCCCUCCAGAUCUAGAAAAGCCAGACUGUGCAAGAGUGCUACAACUGCCCUAUAGUAUUCAUGCAUUCCAGCAUCUCAGGGGUGUGCAAGAGAGGGCAAACCUCACCUCCCCAUUACUUUCAAAGGAGGACCCAAUUUUUAGCUCCUUGUCACAUAAACUGGGUCACAGUAUAGAUGUGGUGGGCCAUCGCAUCCAUCAGGCGUUACUGAGGAAUACAUCAUCAUGGGUGCUGUACAACAUGGCUUCCUUCUAUUGGCGUAUGAAGAACGAUCCUCAGAGGGCAAUAGAUUGUGUGGUGCGUGCUCUGCACUUUUCCCCAAGGCAUCACAAGGAUGUAGGCUUGGUUAAUAUGGCUAACAUCCUGCACCGCGCCCAUUUCUCAGCAGAUGCUGCUGUUCUAGCCCACGCUGCCCUGGACCUACCCUCGGACUUGUUUACCAGUCACUACACUUUGGGAAACAUUUAUGCUAUGCUUGGGGAAUACAACCACUCUGUGUUGUGUUAUGAGCAGGCAUUACAGGCCCAGCCGGGCUUUGAGUUGGCCUUAAGGAGGAAGCAUGCCGUGCUGUGCCAGCAAAAGCUUGAACAGCGCCUCGAAGCUCAGCACAGAUCACUGCAACGAACCUUGAAUGAGCUCAAGGAAUACCAAAAGCAGCAUGACCACUACCUUCGCCAACAAGAGGCGCUAGAAAAACACAAGCUGUUGCAGGAAGAGCAAAUUCUACAAAACAUUAUCCAUGAGACACAAAUGGCCAAAGAAGCCCAACUUGGGAACCAUCAAAUUUGUCGCUUAGGUCAACAGCAGCGCAGUCUCCACUGCCCUUUUGAUCUGCCUGUGCGUUAUCACCGUGGUGACCUGUUUGAACAUGUCCAUUUUGUGCAAUUUGGUGAAGAAAUAUCUGUGGCUUCCAGUGUGGCACUUGUGUCUGAUCACAGUACAAAUCAGACAACACACACCCCUCAGCUUCAUUCUUCUGUGUCAGGUGACCAGGAUCCUGUCGUUGCCCUCUGGAAGAGUCAUCAAGAUGGCGCACAGGAUAUGCAAAAGUUGUUGUGGCCUCAGAGAUCAGACUGCAUCAGGGAAUACCCAAGUGUUCCCCCUGCGUACUUGUUGCCAUCAUACCACCUACUGCAUGAAACCAAGAGUCACAGUCCAGUGGCAACUCUUCUCUAUAGGACUCAUAGUCCUCCUCAGACAGUGACCCUGCCAGAGUGUGGUUCUGUCUCUGAAGUGCAUUCUGCUUCCCUGCCUGCUUCACUGGACUGGCUUCUGGAAGGCAUGCUGAUGCCAGAUCCCUUUGCCUCCCAGAUAUUGCAGUGCCGGAGUGGUGGUUGGACAUUGGAACAAAUCGGUUCCAGAAUUUCCGAAAUCAUUAAAUCAGACGAAUUAUCCAACUGGCAGGUCUAUAAUGAGGCAUCUCUAUUCUGGCGGGCCCAAGGAAAUGGCAGUCAUGCCCUUCAGUGCAUACGCCAAGUGUGGCUCAAAGCCCCGCCUUCCCAUCACCAUUUGUCCCUCACAAAUGCUGCUAACUUGCUGCUACAUUUUGGAUUGACCAAUCACUCUCAAACACUGCUGGAGCAAGCACUGGCUUACAAUGCAACUGAGCCCCAUGCGCUCCUCAGCCUAGUGAGCUUGCAGUUGGCCCAAGGCAAUGUGACAGGAUCUCUGGCCUUGUUUCGCCACAUCCUGAUGACAGCAGUUUCCUCCUCCACUUCCUUCUCAUCUUUUGCUGACUGUGACCAGUGUCGUGCCAGUAUACCUCUUCUGCGAUGCCUGCAGUUUUAUCCCUUCCUUUACAACCUCUCAAAUGAACAGGCCUACUCACACGGUUCUGCUUGUGGUGCUGAGGAGGACUUUGCCGUUCAGUGGAAGGGCAGUGAAGAAAAAGAAGAUACAUCCUCCAUUUCAACUAUCGAAGACUCUUUGCGUUUUGCAAAGGUCAUCUUGGACACAAAUGUGUUCGGUGAGGCUGCUGGAAAAAAGCAUCCUUCUCAGUCAUCUUCAGAGAUGACCCCCUCACUUGGAGAUGGAGGGGUUGAAGGUGAGGAUGAGUGGCAGCUGAAGGAAGACCUGAUGGGAGCAUUUGAGGGGGCUUUGGAUGUCGGUGGCAAUCGAGGGGACUUGCAAGGGAUCCGGGUGGUCAAGAGUGACCAUGUGAUGGGGCCCCGCAGUGAUGGAGGGUCUUGCUUUGGAAACUGUGAGGAUGAAGAUGGAUCAGAAUGGAUCACCUUUCAAGUAAAGAGAGUAAGAAAGACAAAGGUGGAUGGCACUGAGAAUGUGGCUGUCUCUGACAGCCAGGUUGGAGAGACAGUGCCUGAUGAAGAUUCUAUUCUGGAAAUAAGUGGACCAACUAUCCCAUCAACAGGUCCUCCAGGCCGCUGGAAAGACUAUACAAGUCUUGACUGGCCACGUCCAGAGGAGUGUCAGCGGACUCGAAGGGUUGACCUCACCACUGCGGCAAGCACCUGGCUAGCUGUGUCGGCCAAGAACAUUGACAUCACAGAACACAUAGAUUUUGCGACCCCACUCCAGGAACCAGCUGUUGAGCCUUUAUGCAAUGCAAACCUCGCUGCCAGUAUGCACACCCUCGACCACCUGGCAGGCAUGGCUAAUCGAGCUGCCAUCCACUAUACAGGAGAGAGCCAACUCAGUGAGGUCCUGCAAAAUCUUGGCAAAGAGGAAUUCUCUCCUCAGUCCUUUGAGCAGGUUGGGACUCGAAUUGCUAAAGUAUUGGAGAAGAACCAGACAUCAUGGGUGCUAUCCAGUAUGGCUGCACUUUAUUGGAGGGUGAAAGGUCAAGGCAAGAGAGCAAUUGACUGUCUGCGGCAGGCCCUUAAUUAUGCACCGUAUCACAUGAAGGAUGUUCCCCUCAUCAGUCUGGCCAACAUCUUCCAGAAUGCUCGACUGUGGGAGGAUGCUCUUACAGUUGCUCGCAUGGCCGUAGAAAUUACUCCACACUUUGUAGUAAACCACUUCACUCUUGCCAAUGUCUACAUAGCUAUGGAGGAGUUUGAAAAAGCAAUGCACUGGUACGAGUCCACUUUGAAGCUUCAGCCAGAGUUCGCCCCUGCCAAAGACCGACUGAGAACCAUUCAGUGUUAUCUACUUACCAAGAGGGAACGUCGUCAUCCUUAAACUACCAAACAGAUACUUCCAGAAGUUCCCUGAAUCAUGCCCACAACAGAUCGAAAAGACAAAAUGUUGUCGUUAAAAGCCUGCAGUUAAUUUGUACAAAAAAAAAAGACAUAGUAUGGAAAAACUAAGUCUUUUCUUCUUUCAGUCACUGAUGUCAACUACGAUAUAGUUAUUUGGAACACUCAAAUGUCUGUUCACCUAACAGUUAAUUUCUGGGUUUGCAAAUCUGGAAGGGAAGUAAAACAUGGUUUAUACUUUAACACUCAUGCAGGAGUUGGUAUAUAAAACCAAAAAAAAAAAAAAAAAAAAAAAGGAAAACCAUAUUGUAAUACUAUUGUCAUGAAAAUAUAACUAUAGUGGUACCUCUACUUACAAACGUCUCUAGUAACGAAAAAUUCGGGUGACGAAACACCUCCUUGGAAAAACAUUGUCUCGAGUUACCAAGAAAAUUCAGGAUAUGAAAGGACAAAAUAGGCACCGGAUUCCCCAAAUUCCACCAAACAUAAACAUCCUGCAUCUUGGUUUGUGUGGCACGAUAAAGCUGGUCCUCCAUUAGCUAUCACCGGAGCAUCUCCCUGGCAUCCCAUUGGCUAAGAGGGACAUCAAUCUUUACCCAUGACCCACAUCGUGUAUCUUUGUUUGUGUGGCGCGAUGGAGCUGCUCUCCCUUUGGCUAUCACUGUGGCAUCUUCCUGGCAUUCCAUUGGCUAGGAGGGACGUCAAUCUUUACCCAUGAGGUUUUUUAAUUCCCUUGGACACUCGAUUGUCACUAUCAUGCUAGCGCUGUCACAUGCUGUUAAAGGCUCACGGACGUUGGAAACGUACAACUUUUUUGUUUCAGUUUUUUUACAAGUUUCUUCGCCAUUACUCCCCAUGGGCCCCAAAAAAACAGUGGAAUUAAGUUGUGUGCAUGCGUACAUUCGUACAUAUGUUUUCUCUCGAUUUCAAAGUUUGGCUCUGAUGCCUUUUGCUUGUCACCCACCGUUCUCUUCACAUAGUUCCCCAAUGCCAAUGGUAAACGUACAUAGUCUUUAUUAUUCUUUACAUUAUGUACUUUGGCUAUCUUUGGCGGUGUGUGUGUGGAUGCGCGUGUGUGUGUGUGGUGUGGGUCGGGUGGCUUGGAAUGGAUUAGUCUAUAUACAUACGUCUAUAUACGCUUCUACUUAUGAAAAAUUCAUGUUACGAUGCGACUUCCAGAACGGAUUAAUUUUGUAAGUAGAGGUACCACUGUAUAUUGAAAUUAAUCAUAUGGCCAGCAGAUGUUUAAAUUUUUGAUAAGUUAUAAUUGAAAGGGUUAUAAUACACUGUUUAACAAUUACUGAGAUUUAAUGUGCUUCACAUCUCAGUAGUCAUGUUUUCAGUGAUACAGAAUAUGCCCUUGUUUCCGCUCAUGAAAUGGACGGUAAAUUUUUGCACUUUUGUCAUUAUUCCCAUUUUUAUGGGACCUACAAACUGAUUUUGCUCCAAGCUAAUUUAAUGGGGAAAAAACAAAACAGGUAAAUUAUGCUGUUUGCUUUUUAAGGUAAUCAUCAGGCAGAAAAAAAUGGAUUCCCUUUUGGCCAUCACGUGAAAUCUGUAUGAAACAGUAAUAAAGGCCAUAUGUGGAUUUCAACUGAUUGUUGCA